UGUCCACCAACGCAUCUCCAUUUUAGUUUUUUUUAAUUGCUAGUCUCAUUUUACCACAAAGCACUCUAUCAAGCCAUGUUUUUCAAUGCAUUGACCACCAGCCGCUCGCUAAUCGUUGCCUUGGUUACUGUUCCAACGAUUCUCGCCGCACCCAUCCAACCCAAAAUAUCACACCAUCUUGGUCAACGCUCCCCCGCCCAGCAGCCGUCCACCGCCGACCCGCUGAGCGCCUGGAUAGGCCGCAUGUACUUUGGGCUAAACAACCUCCGCGUCACAUCAAUAACCGACACGCCACUGCGCCUGCGCUCCGCGCUCAACGCCAUUGCGCAGUCCCAAGCCGACGCCCUGUGCGCUGGCAAUGAGGUCGAUGCGGAUUUGGUCCCAAUCCUGGGCGACCAAGGGAUUGCGGCGGAGUACGCUGAGCUCGUGGUUGCUCGCGGCAGGGGCGAAGCAGAGGACGCUGUGGAGGAGUGGGCGGAGGCAAAGCCAGGAAAACAUUCGCCGUUCUCGGCUAUUGUUUAUCAGGGAUACGUGUAUGUUGGCGUGGGCACAUGCAAUGGGAAUUGGGUGGUUGCGCUGACGAGUGAAUUUAUGUGAUAAUAGAAAUGCCUAUUAUUAUAUUAUUUUUAUCUUUCAUCUUUCAUCUUUCAGCUUUCAUUCUUUUUUCAGCAUUACAUCUGCACAAUAAAAAUAGCCAAAGACAAUAUGUAUUGUCUUUUUGCGCAUCACAUAUACAAAUAAUAAA